ACUGCAGGAAGACACAACGCCAUUUCCACGCACUACAGUCCCAGACCGAUGCGUUUGCGCGGAGUGCCGAGUGUUUUCGCAAACUCUAUCGUCCUGCAUUAUGUGUAUAUGAUUAUUCGUCUGUCGUUUCUGCAUUAGUCUGUGAUUUGCGCUCCUGCUGGACGAAUCGGACUGUCAUUGGCAGGAACUUCUCUCGUCGCGCUCCGGAAGACCAGAGAGAGAGGACGCAUAAUCACACAACCGGUCCGGCUGCCCGAUUCCAGCACCAAAUUCUCGCUAUAAGGCCGCGGAACAUUAUAUUGGCUUUGUAUUUGACCUGGUGGGACCGGAGAAACGAACCCUGUUUCGGUAGUGGGUGACCUGGAUGUUCCGCAGAACGGAUGCGUGAGGACAUGUCGAGCAUGGUGUGUGUGAAGGAGACGGAGGGCCAGGGGGACCCCGGCGAGAAGCUGUCACAGGAUGAGCUGCUCAGUCGGACACGGGAGGUCAUGCAGGGACUGGAAGCGCUCCGUGCCGAACAUCAGGCCAUCCUGGACGGGCUGAUGGGGACCUUGCGCUGCCUCAAACAGAGUCAGGAGGGUCGUGCUGUGGAGGAGAAGACAACCAUGAUCCAACGCUCACUGGAGAUGCUAGAGCUGGGCCUUAGCGAAGCACAGGUGAUGAUGGCUCUCUCAGGACACCUGAGCGCAGUGGAGGCAGAGAAACAGAAGCUUCGUGCACAGGUGCGCAGAUUGUGUCAGGAGAACCAGUGGCUGAGGGACGAGCUGGCAGGAACCCAGCAACGGCUGCAGAAGAGUGAGCAGAGCGUGGCCCAGCUGGAGGAAGAGAAGAAACAUCUGGAGUUCAUGAACCAGCUCAAGAAAUAUGACCAGGACCUGAGCCCAUCUGAUGAUAAGGACUCUGAUUCCAGUAGGGAGACACUGGACGAUCUUUUCCCAGAUGAGCAGGAUGAGCCGGGUCCUGGUAUUCAGCCUUCUCACAGCAGUGCAGCAGCAGCAGCGCAGCAGGGUGGGUACGAGAUCCCUGCUCGUCUCAGGACCCUCCACAACCUGGUGAUCCAGUACGCCUCACAGGGCAGGUAUGAGGUGGCCGUGCCUCUCUGCAAACAGGCUCUGGAGGAUCUGGAGAAAACCUCUGGACACGACCAUCCUGAUGUAGCUACCAUGCUCAACAUUCUCGCCCUCGUUUACAGGGACCAGAAUAAAUACAAAGAGGCAGCAAACCUCCUUAACGAUGCGCUGGCCAUCAGAGAGAAGACACUGGGCAGAGAUCACCCUGCGGUGGCUGCUACACUGAACAACCUGGCCGUUCUUUACGGCAAGCGAGGGAAGUACAAGGAAGCAGAGCCUCUUUGUAAAAGAGCACUGGAGAUCAGAGAGAAGGUACUGGGAAAGGACCACCCUGAUGUUGCAAAGCAGCUGAAUAAUCUGGCUUUGCUGUGUCAGAAUCAAGGCAAGUAUGACGAGGUGGAAUACUACUAUCAGAGAGCCCUGGAGAUCUACCAGACCAAACUGGGCCCCGACGACCCCAACGUGGCCAAGACCAAAAACAACCUGGCAUCAUGUUAUCUGAAGCAGGGGAAGUUUAAGCAGGCGGAGACUCUAUAUAAAGAGAUCCUCACCAGAGCCCACGAGAGAGAGUUUGGCUCUGUAGAUGAUGAGAAUAAACCCAUCUGGAUGCAUGCAGAGGAGAGAGAAGAACAGAGCAAGGGCAAGCAGAAGGAUGGCUCUCCAUUUGGAGAGUAUGGUGGCUGGUACAAGGCCUGUAAAGUAGACAGCCCCACUGUCACAACCACACUGAAGAAUCUUGGAGCUCUCUACAGGCGACAGGGCAAGCAUGAGGCUGCAGAGACUCUAGAGGAAGCUGCUCUGCGCUCCAGAAAACAGGGUCUGGACACAGCACACAAACAGCGUGUGGCUGAGGUGCUAGGAGACGCUGAAGUACGAGAGAAGCAGCGGAGCCGUGAGAGCCUCACCUCUGACACAGUCAAGUAUGAAAGCGGCCCUGAUGGUGGAGAGGAAGUGAGUAUGAGCGUGGAGUGGAACGGGGACGGCUCUGGCUCACUGAAGCGCAGCGGUUCCUUUAGUAAACUACGGGCCUCGAUCCGACGCAGCAGUGAAAAACUGGUUCGCAAGCUCAAAGGAGGUGGCUUACGAGAAAAUGAACCCAAAAAUCCUGGCAUGAAGAGGGCGAGCUCUCUCGGAGUUCUCAACGAGCCGGAUAAACACAUGGGGGAGCUCAAAGAACGAAAUAAUUGUCUAAGGAAAGGGCGGGACUUGAGUUCCAGUCAAACUGACCUGGCGCAUUGAAGGUCUUCUUUAGGACGUCAUGAUGCAGAGAGGUACUAAGAGGACUCAGAAUUAGUGAGUCGUGCUGUCCUGGAAUACCUUCUCUGGAGGUUACUUUUGCUGUCAAGUCUUCGUACACGUAUUUAAUUUGUGGGAAGCUGUUACAACUCUAGCUGUAGAAAAGACAACUCAUGUAACGACUGUCAAACUAUCCUCAACCAGAACCAAAGUGCACAGCAAAUUUGAGAAAGUAUCAUGUUCAGCCAUCAUGAACAUUAUUCAGGCUCAGGUUGAGGCUAAACACUCUAAUUGCAUUUUGCUGCUUUUUAAUUUCUUUGAUUAGUGUUCAUUUUCUGUCACUGACAACCUAAAUGUUGUUCAUACCUUGAGUUACACCAAAGGACCACAACACUUCUGUAAAGUACUAUCACUGACUGAAUCAAUCAAACAAAUUCCCUUAAUACAGAACAAACUGGACAGUCUUUAUAAAGGUUUGCAUUUACAUAGGGUGGUGGUUCAAUGAUGCACAUUUUCUUUUACUUUUUGCUUUUAAAAAGUGGGAGGGGGUUGGCCUUAUGUUUUUAUUUUGUCUAUGAAACAAGAAGUCGAGGAAAUUGUCCUCCCUCGUAGUAAAGGAAAAUGGUUUUGAAUGUUUUACGUUGCCAAGGAGUGCUAUAUUUUUCUGAAAAACUAUAUGUUAAGAGUGUGGAUGAAAACUUUCUCAGGACUGAAUGAACAGAUUUGGUAUGCAAAGUAACACUGCACUUUGAAUGAUCUCAUAGGAUGUUACACUUGUCAAUUCUUUGCCUGUUACAAAACGAUAUUGAAUUGUUUACCUCAGUUCUAUCAGUAAUAUUUGUUUGAUCUGUGGUUUGGAUAGAUGGAAAGAUGCUUUCAGUUGAUUUUAGGGGGUUUUCUUCAAGACUUUAGGGCACUUUUGUCCAAUGGAUUUUUCAAAAAUAAACUUAAAUAUACUUUUCACACUUUCACUAGUUUAUUUAAUUUGUCCACUAACAAUGUUCAACCUUGGGUAUACAUGUAUCCCAGGAAAAAUGUCAUUUUUGACUUUUUCCCCCCCUUGAAACAACAAAUGUAAUUUUCACCACAUCUCAAAUUAAAUGUAUUUAUUUUUUAAUAACAUUCUGUGCUGAAAAAUGCAUUUUAAACAUUACAUAUUUUAAACAAAAUUACAAUUUGAUUGGAAAUGACAUGCAAUCUAAAUAUGCUCAAAAAUGAUAUUUACCUUGAUUUUUUGUUCUCUUUACACAUCUCACAUACUUUCUUCAAACAUCUCACAAAAUUUCCCAGACCGUUAUAACGUGACCUUCAUAUAACAAAAAGAAAAAUCAGUUUUAAUAAAACUUAACCCUUGGGACAUCAAAGUGCCCUUAGUUGAAGAAGUAUCCUUAAAUGUUUGGAUGGACUGGUUUCACCUCUCAAACCAGCUCUUUAGAUCUUUUCAAAUCAGAAUAUUUGCUAAUGAGGUCUGCAUGCUUAAAGGGAUAGUUCACCCAGAAAUUCUCCCAUCAUUUACUCGCCGUCAGUGUAAUAUGCGUAAUAUGACUUUAAUAUGUAGGUUCUCACAAUGCAAGUGAAUGGUGGCCAGAACUUUUGAAGCUCCAAAAAGCACAUAAAGGCAGCAUAAAAGCAAUCCACACGACUUCAGUUGGUUAAAUCCAUAUCUUGUGAAGUGAAAUGAUAGGUGUGGGUGGGAAACAGGUCCAUAUUUAAGUCUUUUUUUUUUUAUACACAUAUUCUUCUUUUAUUUUUGUUUUUUGGGCGAUUCACAUUCAUCAUGAAUAUCACCACCUACUGGUUGGGGCUGGUCAAAAGUGGAGAUAUAUAUUUACAUUUACCUACAGAGCUGAAAUGUUCUUCUAAAAAUCUUUGUUUGUGUUCUGCAGAAGAAAGUAAGUCAUGCACAUCUGGGAUGGCAUGAGGGUGAGUAAAUGAUGAGAGAAUUUUUAUUUUUAUUAUUACAAGCUGACUGCAGGAAUUUUAUCUUUCUGUCACCUUGAUCAUUGGUGAGGUAAAGCAACAGAAUAUUAUUUUACAUGGAGUUAUAAGUAUUGCUACUCUAGAUAAAAAAAAUUAAUAAAAAUAAAAAAUGCACUGGAAUAUUACAAAUGUAAUUCUGUCCCCAGAUGUUUAACUUAAGUGCCUGUUUGAAAGCAAGUGUGCCUUGUGAUUGCCCCAGGCAGGUUUUUUCUUAUUAUGUGGAAGUGGGUUUGUGUAUUUUGAGUGUGUGCGACAACAGAGCAAUCUGAACUCUGUAAGGUCAAAUAUUGGUCAAGAUGUUACAAACUAGAUAUUGAUUUAAAAAAUUGGUCAAAGUUAUGUAUCAGCAGCCCAUUAUGUAUUAGUGUAUGAUUUCUUGUAGGACUUAUGCUAAUAUAAUGCACUGAUACAUGCUACCCUUAUGCUCAACAAAUCUUCUUGAAGUAGCUUUCUAUUUUGUUUAUUGCUUCAUAUUUCAGCUUUCGUGAUAACUUUGUGUAAAAACAUCUGUAACUUUUUGACACAGUAAUUGAUUCACUUUGCACAUAUAAGUGUGUUUCGCAUGUUAGUACUCUGCAUUAGGCUGCAUCAUGCAAUAGGAUAGCUGCUCUGUGUUGGCUGGAAUUGAUUGCGCACGCAAUGUUUUACUGACAAAAGCUGGAGUGUUUCAGUAUAUGUACUCUUAAUUAUUAAAGAUAUCAUUUACAUGUUUUGUACAUGCAAUAUCAAGUUGUUUUAUGCCACUAAUUUGAGCUUUGCUACACAUAUGCUUGUGGGACUAAAUGUGCCCUGCACAUGUUUGAGUUUCAUUUUCUGAUUGUUUAAAGAAUCAUUUUAACUGUUGAUCAGUUUGUAUUACAUUUGAUCACCAUUGUUGUUCUUUUUGUUAAACAGGGUUACUGACAUGGCAUUCACUCCCUGAAGUCAGAGUUUUAACACACAAUUCAUAUGCAUAAUUGUAGUGCAGUUUUUCUCUAAAGUGCAAGAUAUGACUUAAUUUAACUUACCAAAAGGCAAUAUACAGUAUGAACAAAAAUAUAAUUCUAAAAUUAAGGACAAUAACAGCAGGGACUGUUGUGACCUGCAUGAUGUAACCCUGAAAUAUUUAUUUUCAUGUUCUGAUUUAUGAUGUUGCAUUUCUACUGUCUGUUUCUGUGUUCUCUCUUCUACUAUGUGGUCAUUGUUUUUAUGUUUGUAUGUAUAUCCUAAAAUUCGCACUGGACUCGUGUAACUUCCCCUUCUCAGGCUGCCCACUGUGUUGGCUGCACUUCAAUUACUGCCGUGUUUGUGAUGUUUUUGGCUCUCUGAGUAUUGUAUUGUAUAAUGUACAAACUUGAUUAAAGUCAUCAAAAGUAUUCUGCAACAA